AUGGGACGGGGCCUUGCAGGGCGCCGGGCACCCUCGGAGCGGCGGAGCCAAACGGACUGUCAGCUGUUUUCCAUCCCUCAUAAUUCCCUGGCUGGAGCAGUUGGAGAAUUUGAAACUGCUCUACACUUGGCCUGUGCCAGUGGCCGUGUGCAAGUGGUCACUCUCCUGGUUAGCAGAAAAUGCCAGAUUGAUAUCUGUGACAAAGAAAACAGAACGCCUUUGAUACAGGCUGUCCAUUGCCAGGAAGAGGCUUGUGCCGUUAUUCUGCUGGAACAUGGCGCCCAUCCAAACCUUAAGGAUAUCUACGGCAACACUGCUCUCCAUUAUGCUGUGUAUAGUGAGAGCACCUCACUGGCAGAAAAACUGCUUUCCCAUGGUGCACAUAUUGAAGCACUGGACAAGGACAAUAAUACCCCACUUUUAUUCACUAUAAUUUGCAAGAAAGAGAAAAUGGUGGAAUUUUUAUUGAAAAAGAAAGCAAGUACACAUGCCGUUGAUAGGCUGAGAUGGUCAGCUCUCAUGCUUGCUGUAUACUAUGACUCACCAGGUAUUGUCAAUAUCCUUCUUAAGCAAAAUAUUGAUGUCUUCGCUCAAGACAUGUGUGGACGAGAUGCAGAAGAUUACGCUAUUUCUCAUCAUUUGACAAAAAUUCAACAACAAAUUUUGGAACAUAAAAAGAAGAUACUUAAAAAGGAGAAAUCAGAUGUUGGAAGUUCUGAUGAAUCUGCAGUCAGCAUUUUCCAUGAACUGCGUGUGGAUUCAUUGCCUGCAUUGGAUGACAAAGACUUGAGUGUUGCUACUAAGUGUGUCCCCGAGAAAGUAUCAGAGCCUUUACCUGGACCUUCGCAUGAAAAAGGAAACAGAAUAGUCAAUGGAUAAGGAGAAGGGCCUCCUGCAAAACAUCCUUCCUUGAAGCACUGAAGUGGAAGAUCCUGCUGUGAAAGGAGCAGUACAAAGAAAGAAUGUACAGACAUUCAGAGCAGGUACAUUUAAUGGAAUACUGGAAAUAAGUACAUUCAAUGAUUGGAAGUACUCACAUUAUUCUUAUUCCUAAUUCUAUUUGUUCAAAAUUGAAUGGAAGGCAUUGACAUAAAUGUUAUUGUUG